AAAUUGCGAAAUAUCAUAUUAUCUCGAUCUUUGUAACUGGGAUUUUCCAGAAAGCCAUACUGUACAAAAACAACAGAAUGUUCACAUCUACAAUGAAGUUGCCUGUAAGCGUCUUAUUAUUAAUCUUCUCCCUGCAAAAGCCGACUGAAGGACUUCGGUGUUUACGGUGCUCCGAUACCUUUGAGCCCCGUCUGUGUAAUCGGAUAGAAGUCUGCAACAAAGGGCAGGUGUGUGGAGUGCGACUGUACCGCACUGACAAUGGUGACACGGGUUUCUGGACUGGUUGUAUGUCAUCUCUGGAUUGUGGGAAAACUAUCAACAGAACUGUGAUCCACCCGAAGCGUGACGGAUCUUCCAGUAUUUCGGGCCAGAUCCUCUGUACAGAGUGCUGUGUAGGAGGGUUAUGUAACAGUCAGGGAUGCGGGGCUGUGGGUUACCCGUCCCCCAGAGGACCGAUUUGUUACGAUUGUCGGGACAUUCAUUCACCAGCGGAUUGUCACAAAGUUGUACCAUGUAGUGCUAACGAGAAAUGUUUAUUAGAGGAGAGAACUGUGUUUGGUCAGCGAUAUUUUACCAGUAGAUGUGAACAUGGGCAGACGUGCGACUCGCUGGCAAAUUUUCCAUCAGCGUUUGGACGACGGAGAUCGCUUGGAGACAAGUGUCAUCAGUGUUGUCAUGGAGACUUGUGUAACGACAACUGUAACUUAGUCGUGACUAGUACCCCAAGCAAUACAGUGACAACAUCAACUGUGACAACAUCAACUCCCCCGCCCUCCCACAACAUUGCUUUCUUCACGCAAAAUACCAACAGUGUAAGUGGAGAUGGAGACUUGACCUUCCAUGAAACUGUCAUCAACGUGGGCAAUGGAUACACCAGUGCUUCGGGAAUGUUCACGUGUUCCCAGGCAGGUCUAUACAUGUUUGCAUGGAACAUCGCUUCCCAUGGAUAUGGGGCCAAAACGAAUUUGUUGAAGAAUGGAUACCCAGUAGGUGUCGCUGCGAUCACUGAUCCUAGGUCUAGCAGUGUUGACGAUUCGAGCACUUCCUUUGCGGUACUUCGUCUGAACAGAAACGACAAAGUUAAUGUGCAUCGUUAUGCUAGUGGUAGAAUAAGUUCCAGUUUUUUCGCGGGUUGGAGAAUUGGUAAUGAUCUUAGAGAUACCGACGCUUUUACUGUGGCCCUCAACAGAUCGAGCUAUUCUUCAUCCCAGAUUCCGUUCAACAGCGUCAUAUUUGAUAACAAUGGAAGCUACAUCUCAAGCAACUACUCAUUCAUCUCGACCAGUCCCGGUUUAUAUGUCUUUGGAGUUACCGGUGAACAGACUGGCGGGAAGUACGACGACUUACAACUCCAAAUUAACGGGGCACAAAAACUGAACACAUUUCCGGAUUCAGAAAGUGGGCAUUCAGAUUCUGCGGCGACUUUGAGCGUCGUUAGACUCAAUUCUGGAGAUAACGUUCGGGUUGGUGGUCGCCAUUACGUCGGUUACAAAGGAACUACUGCCUUUUCGGGAUAUAAGAUUUCAAAUAGUACGCAGCCCGCCUUUACAGCAACGGUUACGUCUGACACUAGUGGCAGUCCUAUAGUAUUUAAUGACGAGCUAUUGGACACUCAUGGUGACUAUGAUCGUUUAUCGGGAGUUUUCACCUGCAGCGUGCCGGGAACAUACAUUUUUACGUGGACUGUUACUACAAAUGGAGCCGAACUAUCAACGCAAUUGGUCAUUCAAAUUAAAGGAGGUUCUCGGAUCAAUGGGCCGACAAUUGUAGGAGAGGAGACAGUGAGCGAUGAAUACGACAGUAGCACCGGUGUGUUUAUCUACAGACUUAACCCCGGGGAUACAGCUAAAGUCCAGAUUGUGAACGGAAAAGUAGAGGGAAGCUACUCUUCAUUUUCUGGCUGGUUGUUGUUUUGAUCAAUGUUAGAGAUAUGCAAGGGUGAUAAAUGUCAUUCGGUA